AACGCUGUUCACCUUCACCUUCACCCUCACCUUCACCCAAGCUCCAGAGCUUCCAUAGCUCAAACCACACCACCUCUUUCUCUCUCUUUAUAUAUUUCCAAACACCACCCAAGAAAAACCUAACAAUGGCAACUCAAAACACCUUCUUUUCUCUCUCUCCUCUCUUCCUUCUCCUCCUCUCUCUCCUCUGCAUCUCCCUCCUCUCCGCCGCCGACGACUCCGCCGUCAUGCUCAAACUCGCCUCCUCCGUCUCCUCCGCCCCCUCCGACUGGACCGGCUCCGACUACUGCUCCUGGACCGGCAUCAACUGCGACAACUCCAAACGAGUCACCUCCAUCAAUCUCGCUUCCCGGUCCAUCUCCGGUUCACUCCCUUCAAAUCUCAACCAACUCUCCAAUCUCCAAACCCUAGCUCUCCAGCAAAACUCUCUCUCCGGAACCUUACCUUCUCUCUCCAAUCUCUCCUCUCUCCAGCAAGUCUACCUCGACACCAACAAUUUCACUUCAAUUCCAUCUGGGUUUUUCUCGGGACUCACCAAUUUGCAGAAUCUGAGUCUCAGCAACAACCCUAAUCUCGCGCCGUGGACGAUUCCAACCGAUCUGACUCAAUCGAGUAGCUUGAGCACUUUUUACGCCAGCGCCGCUAAUAUUGUGGGUUCGAUUCCAGAUAUCUUUGGUUCGUUUCCCAAUUUGCAGAAACUUCGACUCUCUUAUAACAAUCUUACUGGUUCGUUACCGUCGAGUUUUGGGGGAUCGGCGAUCUCGAAUUUGUGGCUUAACAAUCAGUUAUUUGGGUUGUCUGGUACUAUUGAUGUGUUGUCUUCAAUGACCCAGCUCUACCAAGUGUGGCUUCAAGCAAAUGCAUUCGUGGGUCCGAUUCCAGAUCUCUCGAAAUGCACCAACCUGUUUGAUUUGCAGCUCAGGGACAAUCAAUUCACUGGAGUUGUGCCUCCUUCAUUGAUGGGUCUUACUAAAUUGGCUAAUGUGUCUUUGGUUAACAACAAAUUGCAAGGUCCUGUGCCUGUGUUUGGUUCUGGAGUUACGGCUACGAUCGGGACUACCAAUAGCUUCUGCAAGAGCACUCCUGGGCCUUGUGAUCCCCAAGUGACGGUGCUUCUUGCUGUUGCUGGUGCAUUUGGGUAUCCCUUGACUCUGGCUCAGUCUUGGGAAGGCAAUGAUGCUUGUUCAGGAUGGACAUUUAUCAAUUGCAAUCAGGGCAAUGUUUCGGUUGUGAAUUUCGGGAAACAACGGUUCUCCGGUACAAUUUCGCCCGCCUUUUCGAAUCUGACAUCGCUGCGGGAUUUACUUUUAAAUGAUAAUAAUCUCACGGGUUCGAUUCCUGAUAGCUUGACAACUUUGUCACAGCUUCAAGCUCUUGAUGUGUCCAACAAUAAUCUUAGUGGCCCAAUACCUGUUUUUCAGCCAACAGUGAAGCUUACUACCACUGGUAAUCUGUUACUUGGGAAGAAUACAACCACUGGAAGUGGAGCAAGUGGUGGAACAUCGGGUUCUGGAUCGAAUUCAACCACGCCCAGUGGAAGUCCAUCAGGGACUUCAAAUGGGUCUUCCGUAUCAGUAGGUAUGAUUGUUGGUAUUGUGAUUGCUGUUGUUGUUUUUAUUGGUGUUGUAUUGUUUGUGUCUUACAAAUGUUAUGUCAAGAAACGGCGUCAGAGAGUUGGGAGGGUUGAGGGUUCUGAGAAAGGUUCGGAAAUGGUGAAAGCUGCGGUAGUGGGCGUAGCAAAUGAGUGUGGUGGAGGCCCGAGUGAAUUACAGAGUCAGAGCAGUGGUGAUCGUCGUGAAAUGCCUGUUUUUGAAGGCGGGAAUGUUUCGAUAUCAAUCCAAGUGCUUCGGGAAGUGACAAACAAUUUUAGUGAAGAUAAUGUCUUGGGUAGAGGAGGAUUUGGAGUUGUUUACAAAGGGGAAUUGCAUGAUGGGACUAAGAUUGCUGUGAAGAGGAUGGAAUCUGGGGCAAUGGGUACCAAAGGAAUGAAUGAAUUUCAAGCAGAAAUUGCAGUCUUAACAAAAGUUAGACAUAGACAUUUGGUUGCUCUUCUAGGUUACUGUAUCAAUGGCAAUGAAAGGCUUUUGGUGUAUGAGUACAUGCCACAGGGGACUUUGGCUCAGCAUUUGUUCGAGUGGGCUGAACUUGGGUACUAUCCUCUUGCUUGGAAGCAGAGGGUGACAAUGGCAUUGGAUGUGGCCAGAGGGAUUGAGUAUCUUCACAGCUUAGCACAACAAAGUUUCAUUCAUAGAGAUUUAAAACCUUCUAAUAUACUUCUUGGGGAUGACAUGAGAGCCAAGGUUGCAGAUUUCGGUUUGGUUAAAAAUGCACCUGAUGGGAAGUACUCUCUUGAGACGCGGUUGGCAGGAACGUUUGGGUAUCUUGCACCUGAGUAUGCUGCUACAGGAAGAGUGACUACAAAAGUGGAUGUUUAUGCGUUUGGAGUGGUUUUGAUGGAGAUAAUCACAGGAAGAAAAGCCCUAGACGAGUCUAUGCCAGAUGAGAGAUCUCAAUUAGUCACAUGGUUCCGCAGGGUCCUAAUCAACAGGGAAAACAUUCGAAAGGCUAUUGAUCAUACUCUUGACCCCGAUGAAGAGACUUUUGAGAGCAUUUGCAAGGUCGCUGAGCUGGCAGGUCACUGUACUGCUCGUGACCCUUCUCAAAGGCCUGAUAUGGGUCACGCUGUUAAUGUCUUGGGUCCACUUGUGGAGCAGUGGAAACCUUCAUCCAAUGGAGACGAAGAAGGCUACGGCAUUGAUCUCCACAUGAGUCUUCCUCAAGCGCUUCAAAGAUGGCAAGCCAACGAAGGCACUUCCACAAUGUUCAAUGAUCUGUCCUAUGGCCAAACCCAUACGAGCAUUCCCUCAAAACCUUCAGGGUUUGCAGACUCAUUUGAUUCAAUGGACUGUCGAUGACAAAAAAAAAUCAAGAUUAAAGUACUCAUGGAAAAAGGAGAGGACGGUACAACCUUGUGAGGCAAGUUUCCACACGGUCUAGUCCUUUCUGUUGCUGAAGAAUACUAUAGUUUUCUUAAAUUUGUUGGGUUUUUUUUUUUUUUUUUUUUUUUUUUUU